AUGCCAGUUUGGAUCAACCAAUCAGAAAAUGUCACCGCAGAUAGUCUACACGAUAGUUUGGCUAAUGGAGUAGAGAACGCUACAGCACUUUUUUGUUUUUUAACGCCAGAUUAUGAAAGGUCACCAGUUUGUAAACUUGUACUGAAAGUGGUUGGAUCGCUUCACUGUUAUAAUAUCAAUGAUAUUCAGGAUAGGGACAACAUGUAUUUAGAAGAUUUGAUCAAUGAUUUGAACCAAAAACGGUUUUCAUCGAAGCACAUCUCAACAGAAUCAGUUGGUCCGCCAAAUUAUCUUUUCGAAUUAAUUAAAUACAAAUAUCUAUGUGACAACAAAAUAGAACGCUUCAUGGAUCCGUCGAAAACGUUUUCAAUCGAGCAGAGUUAUAUCAAUUUGGCUAUAGUAGAAACGAAAGAAACUCAAGAAAAAGAAAAGAAGCUCGAUAAUGCUCAGAGUAUUGAUGCAGUUAUGGGUGCAUUCGAGCAAAUUUAUGGAAGUAAAUCUCCAAUUGAUGUCAAAGAUAUUUUCACGAAAUGCAAAGAUCAAAACAGAAAUAUUUUAGUUUUUGGUCGAGCUGGUAUUGGAAAAUCAAUGUUUUGUCGAUAUGCUGCUUAUCAAUGGGCAACUGGUGCAAUAUGGUCAGAAUAUGAAUUAGUUGUGCUCAUUCCUUUACGAUCUCUAACAGGACCGAAAUAUCGAGAAGACAAAGAUUAUAAUCUCGUAGACAUUUUGAUAAAUCACUAUUUCUUUGAUCCAUACCGGUCAGAUGAACAAAAGAAUAAGCUUGUAGAAAAGCUUGUUGAACAUAUUCGUAGAAGUAAAAUUCUGUGGCUAUUGGAUGGUUAUGAUGAAAUAGCACAAGAUCCACUUCGACAUCUCCAAAUCUUACUCGAACAGCUGCUCAAAACUCCGCAUCACAUCAUCACCUCUCGUCCAUACAUGAAUACAUUGUCGUAUUCCGUAAAUAUGGAAAUUACAGGGUUUACAGAUGAAAACAUUUCCAACUAUAUUAAGCUGUUCUUCAAUCAGUUAGGAAGCUCAUCGCGCGAAGAUGAGAGCUUACUCGUUUUUCUUCAGUUGAAUCCUAAGAUUUGGGGUAUUGCACAUAUUCCAAUUAACCUCGAGUUGAUUUGUAGCGUUUGGAGUAAUUUCAAUUGGACGAAAACCAAAACAGUCACCUUGACAGUAUUGUAUGAUAAAUUAACUGAGUGGAUCUGCCGUCGAUACCUAGAGAAGCAAAAAGGACUCUCGACCAGCCAAACCAAUCGGAUGCAUAAAAAGAAAAUAUAUGAACAAUGUCAAAAUGAAUUGGCAUUCUUAGAAAGUCUCGCUUUCCACGGCAUGAAAAACGCUUCUAUUCUUCUGAGUCCAGAAUUACUAGAAAAGGCUGAAGAAGAAAGUAAUUGUGAGUUAUCUGGUCAUCGACAUUUACUUAAUCUUGGAAUACUGAAGUCAUUAACUUCGGAUGCAGACAGCACUGGCACACGACUUGAAAUAGACAAGCACUAUUACUUUGUCCAUCUCAGCUUUCAAGAAUACUUUGCAGCUCGUUACUUAGCAAGCGCUCUGUCCGGUGCCGCAUGCAAUAAAGCAAUUGAAUUUAUUCAGCAGCACAAAUACAAUCAAAGAUAUCAGUUACUCUUUGCAUUUCUAGCCGGGUUACUAAACGAAACACCAGAUUCUGAACGUAACAACAUUUUCUGGGACGCAAUAUUGAACGAACCAUUAGAUAUUACCCGUAUGCAACACAUGGCUCUUGUUAUUCGCUGUCUCGAUGAGAUUAACAGCAACACAACAUUCACUAAAGCCCAAGAAUUAUUCCAACUGACAGCGCGAUGGAUAGAAAUCGCUAUAACACAUAAAUCCCAGUAUUUACUUCCGUUUGUGACAAACAUUCUGAGAGCAUGUAACACAAUCUGCAAUACAACGCAUAUUCACCAGGCACUCGUACGAUUAUUGGACGAUAACCAAACCACUACCAUUUUUAGAACACUGCAAUUUAUAUCAUCAAUUCCACUAAACAAUCCUACCAAUUCGCUAAAGCGCACAGUGCUACAGAAAACACAGCAUCAAGACUACCAAGUAAAACAAGAAGCAUUCAAAGCACUUACCUCUAUCGAUCGAGACGCAGCGACGAAAGAAGUGAUCGUCACCCAUAUCAAGGCACUUUCGCACCAAAACCCUGACAUAAGAUGGUGUGCAUUGAGUGCAGUCCGUGCAAUGAUUGAAAUACCAGCGACGAAGGAUGUGAUCGAUGUACUCCUCAAGGCACUUUCGGACCACGAUUCUGACAUAAGAUGGGCUGCAAGCGAGGCACUCGCUCGAGUGGGUGCAAAAGCCGCCACGAAAGAAGUGAUCGACGCACUUCUCAAGGCACUUUCGGACAGCGAUCUGAGGGUAAGACAAAGUGUAUGCGAGGCAUUCGGUCGAAUAGGUGAAAAAGCAGUCACGAAAGAAGUGAUUGACGCACUUCUCAAGGCACUUUCGCACAGCGAUCAUCGGGUAGGACAAAGUGCAUGCGAGGCAUUCGGUCGAAUAGGGGAAAAAGCCGCCACAAAAGAAGUGAUUGACGCACUUCUCAAGGCACUUUCGGACAGCGAUCCUCGGGUAGGACAACGUGUAUGCGAGGCAUUCGGUCGAAUAGGUGAAAAAGCCGCCACAAAAGAAGUGAUCGACGCACUUCUCAAGGCACUUUCGGACAGCGAUCCUCGGGUAAGACAAAGUGUAUGCGAGGCAUUCGGUCGAAUAGGUGAAAAAGCAGCCACGAAAGAAGUGAUCGACGCACUUCUCAAGGCACUUUCGGACGACGACUCUGACAUAAGACGGCAUGCAUCCGUUGGAAUCCGUCGAAUGACUGCAAAAGCCGCGACGAAGGAAGUGAUCGACGCACUUCUCAAGGCACUUUCGGACAGCGAUCAUCGGGUACGACGAAGUGCAUGCGAGGCACUCGGUCGAAUAGGUGAAAAAGCAGCCACGAAAGAAGUGAUCGAUGCACUUCUCAAGGCACUUUCGGACGACGACUCUGUCAUAAGACGGCAUGCAUCCGUCGGAAUCCGUCGAAUGACUGCAAAAGCCGCGACGAAGGAAGUGAUCGACGCACUUCUCAAGGCACUUUCGCACAGCGAUCAUUGGGUAAGACAAAGUGCAUGCGAGGCAUUCGGUCGGAUAGGUGAAAAAGCCGCCACGAAAGAAGUGAUCGAUGCACUUCUCAAGGCACUUUCGGACAGCGAUCAUUUGGUAAGACAAAGUGCAUGCGAGGCAUUCGGUCGAAUAGGCGAAAAAGCAGCCACAAAAGAAGUGAUCGACGCACUUCUCAAGGCACUUUCAGACAGCGAUCAUCGGGUACGACGAAGUGCAUGCGAGACAUCCGGUCAAAUGGGUAAAAAAGCAGCCACGAACGAAGUGAUCGGCGCACUUCUCAAGGCGCUUUCGGACAGCGAUUAUUUGUUAAGACAAAAUGCAUGCGAGGCAUUCGGUCAAAUAGGUGAAACAGCAGCCACGAAAGAAGUGAUCGAUGCACUUCUCAAGGCACUUUCGGACAGCGGUCAUUUGGUAAGACAAAAUGCAUGCGAGGCAUUUGGUCGAAUGGGUGAAACAGCAGUCACGAACAAAGUGAUCGGCGCACUUCUCAAGGCGCUUUCGGACAGAGAUUAUUUGGUAAGACAAAAUGCAUGCGAGGCAUUUGGUCGAAUGGGUCAAACAGCAGUCACGAAAGAAGUGAUUGACGCACUUCUCAAGGCGCUUUCGCACAGCGAUCAUCUGGUAAGGCAAAGAGCAUGCGAGGCAUUCGGUCAAAUAGGUGAAAAAGCCGCCACGAAAGAAGUGAUUGACGCACUUCUCAAGGCACUUUCGGACAGGAAUUUGUUCGUAAGACGUAGUGCAUGUAUUGCACUGAAUCGUUUAGAUGAAAAAGCGACCACGAGGGAAAUUAUUGGUGGUUUGGCUUCUGGCUUGGCACUGACUUGGAAGCAGGCUAAGAACAUGUCGGAAUACGAGAUGAUCAGGUUGCUUUGCGAGAUUUGUGCGUUGGACGUGUUCGACGAUAAUGAUAUGGAAACUACUGAGGAGCGGAUUGUUAGUAAAAUUGGUAUAGACUCGGAACUACUAUUACCUGGCAAGCUCGUAAAGAUUCUAAUACAGACAGGAGAUCGUGUAUUUCUGAGACCUGCUGUUCAUGGGUGUAUCGUUGGCGGAGCUGCGGUCGCUAUCAUUGGAAAUUCGUUGUGGAUUCAUGAGAGAGAACGGGUUACACAUGUAAUGAUUCCGAAAUGUAGGGAGAAAUUAGUUCGUAAACUGCAACAAUUAUUUUCCAAAGAAGUUCAUCAUGUAGAUACGAAAAUUCCUGCUGGUUGGAAAUCAAUUGAAGAAAGAAAUUCAUUUGAGAAAGUAUACAAUGGCCCUCAAGCAUGGACCUUAAGCACUUAA